AUGGCGGAUCCAGUGGUGCCCCCAUUGGCAGUUGACUUUGGGAAGGAUUGUAACGAGAAAUGUCAGGCUAAGUGUCCAUCAGGACAAGUAAGUCUGACCAUAGAAGGGCAGUUUCAGCCAUACAGAUACUGAUUUUCAUUACUAUAGGAAGUAGCGAGCUCGCAGUGUAAUAAUGGAAAACUCGAAGCUUGUAGCUGUAGAGGUGAAAUCGAGGUUCGCAGCGUUGUAUCUCCUCUCGUCAAUCGCGCCUUUGGCGAAGACCCAGGGGUCGCAUGUGACAGUAAAUGUGCGCCCAAGUGUCCAUCAGGACAGGUAAGUCUUACCCUAUAAGUCCCUCUCUAGCUAUACAGAUACUGAUUCUUAUAACCUGUAGAUACCCUCACGUACAACGUGCGAAGGCGAUAAGCCUACUCUUUGCGAAUGCCAACCUAAAGGUGGUGUUCGUCGAUCAGCACCUGUAUCUCCAUUAGUCACUCGUGCCCUUUCAGUGAAGGAGUGUGAGAAAAAAUGUGACAAUAAGUGUGCAGCAGAUGGGGAAGGAGUAAGUAUCACCCUACAAGUCUCUUUUCAGCUACGCAGAUACUAAUUCUUGUUACUAUAGAAAGGAAGUAAUGCAAGCUGUACCGCUGGGCAACUCGUGACUUGCGGUUGCGUAAGCUAG